AUGGAGAACAUGGCAGAGGUUGACCCGUACAGGGUCCUGGGCAUAGAUCCCAAGCCCAACCUGACCGAUGCCGAGAUCAAGAAGGCGUAUCGAAAGUUGGCCCUGAAGCUGCACCCCGACAAGCGUAAGGACUCGGAGCGGGAGCGCGCGCAGCAAGAGUUCGACCAGCUUCAGAAGGCGUACGACAUCCUGCUGGAUCCUGAGGCGAGGGCGGCUCUGGAGAACCUCGCGAAGGCGAGGCAGGCGACGAGGCAACGGCACGAGUCGCAGGAUGCCAAGCGGCGGAAGAUGAGGGAGGAUCUCGAGCGGCGGGAGCGGGCGGCGGAGCGCGGGAGGAACGAGGAGGAGGAGGCCAAGGAUCGGCUGCAGCAGGAGCUCGCGAGGCUCCGCAAGACUUUCGCAACGCGAAGAAAGGGGUACGACGCCGAGGCGACGAAGGGCACCGGCGCCGACGCCAACGGGAGGAGCGCGCACGGAGACGGUGCACAAAAAGGCGAGGACAAAAAAGCCACCGCAGUCGACGUCCCCGAGCACAUGUACCGGACCCUCAAGGUGGUGUGGCGCAAGGACAUCUCGGACUACGCCGCGUCCGGGCUCAGGGAGAUAUUCGACGCCUUCGGGACGGUGGAGGACGUGGUGAUCAGGGACGGAAAGAGACGAAAGGGAAGCGCCCUCGUGGUCUUCGCCGACGCGGCGCAGGCGGAGCGCGCCGGUAGGGCGCAGUGCGGCGACGCCGCCAACCCUUUGCUCGCGGUCCGCGCCGCGACGGAGCCCCGGGGGCCCGCGUUUGGGUGCAGCGGGAUGGAUACCAGGCCGCAGACCGCGACGAAACGGCCGACCCCAGCCCCGGAACCCGCCGCGAAAUUCAAGCCGGCUGAGCCCCUCUUCCCCGGAGCCGCCAACAAGCCCCUCUUCCCCGGAGCCGCCAACGCCGGCGGCGGCGCCCUGUUUCCGGGGGGGGCGGGGAGGACGUCGCUGUUUCCGGGGGGAGUCGCGGCGGCGAGCGGCGGAGGGGCGGGAGGGCUGUUCCCGGGAGGCGGGGGAGGAGUCGGGGCGGCCGUCGGCGUCGGCGGCGGAGAUUACGAGAGCGUGGUGCUGGACAAGAUGCGGAGAGCGCAGGAACGCGCGAGGAUCAUCGCCCAGAUGGAGGCGGAGGACGCGGCGGCGGAGGAGGAGGAGGCCGGGUCGUAG